AUGAAGCGAGAAACAAACAAAAAGAGUGCCAGAGUAAUAGGCUGGAGUGUGCUGCCUGGUGUGGGAAAUGGAGCAUGCACGCAAUUCGAGAUCGUGUUUUCCAAUGAGAAUGGCGGUGCCCAGGGGACUCGCAAUCCCACGUCUCAUCACUUGCAUUCGUCGGGUCCACUGAGAGCUGUGAAGCACACUAAGCAGGGAGCAGCCUACAUAGCAAUUGCCAGUGUAAAAUUCGGACUGGCAAACAACAUACUCACCAUUGUCUUAUGUUCCGAAGACGGCUCUGAAUGGAGCACAAGGAUGGCAGUAGUAGGCGAGCGCUUGAUCGUUCCAGCGCAACAGACUCAACUGGCUGAACUCUUCAUCGCAGUGGGUAAAUCCUGUAAUAGCGAGUUGACAAUACCUGCCAACCUGCAGCUGAACGCUGACGGGAUUGGUUGUCAAACCUGUGCAGCUCCCUUCUGCGAAGUUGGUGGCCUUAUUUACACCCAUGACAGCAUGGCUAGCAGCCAGUUGGGGAGAGAUCUGGAAUGCCAGAAGGAAACAUGUCCGGCCGUUAUUAGCUACACAGAUAAUCAGCAUCUAUGGGUUGACCGGGCACCACUGAACCAGGCAGCCCUGACGGAUCUUAUGAUCACCCUUGCUGAAAGCGAGACCGUACGGAUCGCAGACACAUGUGUAGCUUCGGGCGAAAACAGGAAGCUCCUUCUGUCAGAUAAUAUAAUGUGGUGGACAGAGGAAGUCACCGAAGAGGUGCCACAACGGAAAGAGUCCAAACCAGCAAAUUGGGGCGGCUUUCAGGACCUGUGGCGAAACCACAAGAACCUUAGGGAGUCUAGAAAUAGGGCCAAAGUCCUGGUCUGGACGGAGGCUCCUCCGGUCCACACUUCUGUCAAGAGAUUCGCCCAAGCAGGGAAAUCAGACAGCGACGCAAGCAACCCCCUGAGGCUGGUACACGUCCAGACACGGGAUGUACUGAAAACAGAGGGAAUCGAGACAAAACGCUACGCGGUCAUUUCGUACACCUGGAGCCAGUUCAGUAAAGAGGAGUUGCUGGAAUGGGCAACGUCACGAGCGAUGCAGCUGGGGUACGAGUACAUAUGGAUCGACCAAUAUUGCAUUGAUCAGAAGAACAAGCAGGAGAAGAACAAGGAGAUCAAGCGCAUGAGAGAUUACUACAAGAACGCGGCACAGGUUCUGGUGCUUGUCCCUGACGUGACGAGCUUGGCAAGAUUUGAUGUGGCAUCAACCGACCAGCUGAUACAUGUGGAUGCAGCCAUCAACGCGUCUAGGGAUGUAUUGAAGCAGUUCGUAUCUUGCGAGUGGCUGAAGAGAGUCUGGACCUUUCAAGAAGCAUGGGUGGCUAGACAAUGCGUGCUGUGUACCAAAGAGCAGAUGCUUGACGGCACGGUGAUGGAUGCCUUACUUGGCUUGCUCAAGUACGAAGCUGUCAACAGACCCAGAGUGAUGUGCAUCACCAGCAAGUCAAUAGCAAACCCGGUGGUUGCAAACCCUAACACAGUCGUCUGGGAGGGAGUACUCAGCAACCGUCAGACUGUGGUAGGAUCGAUAGACCGGUGGAUAUUACAAAGUGGACGACGCGUAUACGAACCGCCGCGGCUCACGCUUGUCCAGGCCUGGGAAGCCUCACAGGGAAGAAACACAGUGAAUGAAGAAGACAGAGUAUACGCUCUGCUGUCUUCUAUCGAGGGCGGAGACCGAGUAACAGUCGAGCGCGGACGGUCUCUGCUGGCUGUCAUCCAGGACUGUGUGGAAGCGGGUAUUGUCACUGCUGAUCUGCUAGCCGGCAAUGAUCCCUCGACGGUGGCAGAUAGGUGCUGGAUGCCGGAUCUAACAGGAUCAGGACCGCAGCAUCCUUUGCGGGUGGCAAGUGCGAGUGAGAAACAGCAGCAACUGGUUUGGCGAGGGGGCAAGGUGUCUGUGAAGGGGAAGAUUUUUGGCUUUGCUGACGUGUCCGUUUGGCUACGCAUCGCACUCGUGAAGACUCAGGAUCCGAUCCAACAGUCUGAAGGGAGCGACCGACCUUGGAUUCAAUUCGCUCUCUCCACGCGGCAGAAAACUUGGACACCGAAAGACCUGAUCAAGUCUGAUUUCCUUUUAGUGCAGCCAAUGCCUGGGUGCACACAGACCGUCCUGGUUUCUGGUAAAAAGCUAGCGGACGGGUCGUUUCACAGGAAGAAAGGAUAUAUAGUCUGGCUUAGAAGGUCAGGAGAAGAGUGGCUGCAGGACAGCCAGCCAGUAGAGGUUGGAUGA